GUGGUGACAUAGGCGGACGGCACAGCAUACAGACAUCAUACAGACAGCAUCAGCAUCGUAUAGACUUGAGAUUGAUUAGUAUCGCUUACAGGUAGCAUACCGGACUUAUACAGUACGUGUCACAGAUUACAGGGAUAUGCGUUUUUUAAUGUAUUUAGCGCUUGGACGUUCGCGACAUGAUACACAUACGGCACUGUAACGUCGAACACGGCGUAGACUACACAGUACUGCAGGUGAGACGGUAUACUAUAGACUGUGAGCAGUAUUAGUAGAGUCGAUACUAAAAUACAGUAUAUACUACAGACGAGGUGACUAGAUCAUAGUUGAAAACACAGUAUUUAGCGUGGGUCGUAAUGUUCAGUACAGGCUGACCGCUAGUACAAUCUACAGUACCGUAGCACUGUCGUCCGUGUGUGCGGUGUAGCGAGAGUGAAUGGUAUCGAGAUAUCUGGACUCUAUAGCCUACGAUCUACACUCUACAGUAACUUUAGUGGAGGCGUAUAAGAUUACAGUAACUUUAGUGGAGGUGUAUAAGACUUUAGUGGAGGUGUACAGCUCUACAGACUGCACGCUCAACCUCACGGCCAGCAUGGAGCGGGACCCGUGGAUUUUGAAACUGCAGCCAGCAUCAGCCGAUGAGGCUCAGCCCUCGGUGAAAAACCCGAUGCUGCCGUUCAGCAUGAGCAUCUAUGAAGGCUUCCAGGUUGGGAAGAGCAUCACUAUCGAGGGCUAUGUGCCCACCAAUGCGGAGAGGUUCCACAUGGAGCUGCAGAUCGGCUCGCACAUCCGCCCUCACGCUGACGUCGCGCUGCACGUGAGCGUGCGGUUGGGCAGCGGCUGCGUCGUGUGCAACUCGAUGCGCGCCCAGCGCUGGGGCCGCGAGGAGAAGACUGGCGGCGGCACCGGCCCCUUUGUGCGCGGCCAAAGCUUUGGCGUCACUCUCAUCGCCACCGAGGAGGAGAUCCAGAUUGUGUCGGCCGGGCGGCCGUACAUCACCUACAAGCACCGCCUGCCGCUGGAGGAAGUGGACACCUUCCAUAUUUCCGGCCCCGUCACUGUGUCGAGCAUCCGCUUCUCGAGGACACUGACCGCCCCGUGCUCCGCACUCAUCCCUGGAGGAUUUACAGAGGGGAAAACCGUCCUGGUCCGAGCCACGGUGAAAUACAACCCGGACAGGAUAUUGGUGAACCUGGGUCAAAGCACCGGGCCCGACAUUGCGCUUCACAUCAACCCACGCUUCCGCAAGAAGGAGUUUGUGCGGAACUCGCUGCUCUGCGAUGCCUGGGGCGAGGAGGAGAGGGCAGCGGACUCAUUCCCUUUCUACCCGGGGAGAGAGUUCAAGAUGCUCAUCCGCUGUGAGCGGGGCCACUUUGCGGUGAGCGUGGACGACAAGCCGGCCUUCACUUUCAAGCAACGUGUGCUGCGCAUGGCAACAGUCGACCAGGUGCGCGUGUCCGGGGACCUCAUGCUGCCCAACAUCGAAGUGCAGGGGGUCAAGGUGCAGCCCUGAGUGAGGAUCCAGUGCACACAGCAAGGGGAGUGACGCAGUACUGCCAUCCCCACCUAACGUAGCCGUGACCCUUGACUAAUACUGCCAUCCAUCCUCACCUAGCAUGGUCACCACACCGAGUGAGCACAGCCACCACCCUUGCCUAUUACAGUCGCCAGCCUUUCCAACUAGGGCUGCCACCCUGAUAUAGCAUGGCCACCACCUUUAGCUCUUGUGACCAUCCUCACAUACCACAGUCACCCGUGCCACGUGGAACACAUGGUAGCAUGGGUAAGAGAGGGUGAGCGCGGGUGAGUGGUUGAGCGGGGCAGGAGAAGAUGUUUGUCGUGGAUUGUGGCGUUGAAGAUGGGAAGGGGAUAGUCCAUUGGGCAUGGGUCUGUCACUGAUAUGAUAUGAUAAUGACUUAAACCACUGUGAAGGUUAGGGUGUCUUUCCGACAGGGCCCGGUGUUGCCCGAAAGAACGUGAACGCUAGGUGAGAUGUGUAUCACCGGCUCCUCAAUCAUGUCUGUGCGGUUUGGGGAGCGGUUAGCGCAAUAGUUAGUGCACUGCAAACCCAGUGACCUCGGUUAAUUUACAAACCCAGUGACCUCGGUUCAAUUCCUGUUCACGGCCAAUGUCAAGGCCAAGAAAGCAGCCAGACGUGGUGCUGACCAAACCACCCCCAUCCUGCUCUGUGCCGGCCUUGACAGGUGCUCUCUAACAACACUUGCUCCAAAAGUGUGUGCGGUUAUGAGGCUACCUGGCUAACUUUAUAUUACUGUACUGUAUUAUGUUUGUGGUCUGCACGUACAAACGUUGUGAUUGUCGGGAACAAACUUCAGUGGUGGCACACGUUAGAUUAUCGACGUCCUUGGUUUACAAUGGCUGCGAGCCCCUUUUGUAAAAAAGACCUUUGAAAUACGACCUAAUUUUAAGAGUACUGUAAGCACAGUUUCCUCAUUGAGGCAGUUACACGUUAACUUUUGUGAGGGAUAGCUGUUUUGCAUGUUUGGUGCUUUUUCUGCCAAUUAGCAUGUGGUUAAUUACUUGCAGGAGGUAGUGAAUUUUCACUGCUGCCUUAAAGAAAUGGUACACUUGACUCAAAAUUACCUGGGGUCAUGUAGCAGAUACAACAAAAAUACAGAUAGUGUAAAACCUCUUGUAUUUUAGAAUAGGGGGGUGGGGGUGAAGGUGGAGAAUGCACCGCCUGUUUUAUUGCUUCCAAAAGUAAUCGGGUUUAACUUACAGUCACGUGGGCACUGAUUCCUGUGACCCUCUACAAGUGACGAGCAGCAAACAAAACAAAGAUGCUCGGAAUAUUUUUUUACAUUCAAAUUUUGUACGAGAUCGGUGAAUCCACAUUGCGCCUGACGGGAUAAUGGAGAUUUGACUGCAAAUUUGAAUCCAGCAUCAAGUUCCGGAGCUCUCUGAGAUGAGUAACACAAACCCUGUACGGAAUUACAAGCAUGAGAACUUGAAUAACCGUGCAUGAUACUUGAAAUGUAUUACACUUUGCGUGAUCCCUUAACCACUUUGAACGCAAAUUACUUUUUAAGUAAACACCCAUUUUGCGUUAAAAAUGUUUUUAUUUAAGGGCCCGAUUUGCGUGUUUGUUGGCGAAUGGGCACUUUUCGUCCCAACUGUUUUCAAAAUUAUGAAGGCGUGACGAGUUACGGGAAGUGAGUGUAUAUUUUUACGGGGUUUAAUGUAUGCUGAGCACAUCCCAAGCUACAAGCCUGAUUGACAAGCUAUUUUUCGUUGUGAUAUAUGAACAACGAUACAACCACUAUCAUACGGUCCGAUCAAAUAAGUGCCUUCGUGUGUAAUUUGUAUGAAUGUUAUCUCACCAAUUCUGUAUUUUGUCAAUUAAAUAUCACCUCUUCACACAA